GACCAGACAGUCUUAUGAUCCAGCGGGUCCUCCUGGGGAGGCCGGGCCGGGGAGAGGGCGCGGGCACGGAGAGGCGGGAGCAGCAGGCGGGCAAGGCGACCGGGGUCCGGACGGGGAUCCAGGCAGGGACCAAGGCGCAGGCAGCGCCCCGGGCCCGCCACCCCCUCCUCUCGGGCCGGGGAAGCCGCUGCAUGGAGCCAGGGGGACGGCCGUGCUGCGCGGACCGGCGGCGGCGGACCCCCCAGGAGGGCUGGGGUUGAGCCCGGGUCCGGAGCGGGGGCUCCGGGAGGACCAUGCCCGGAGGCCGGCGGGCCGCAGCAUGGCUCACGGACCCGGCGCGCUGAUGCUCAAGUGCGUGGUGGUCGGCGACGGGGCGGUGGGCAAGACGUGCCUACUCAUGAGCUAUGCCAACGACGCCUUUCCGGAGGAGUACGUGCCCACCGUCUUCGACCACUACGCAGUCAGCGUCACCGUGGGGGGCAAGCAGUACCUCCUGGGACUCUACAACACGGCCGGACAGGAAGACUAUGAUCGUCUGGGGCUUUUAUCUUAUCCAAUGACUGAUGUCUUCCUUACAUGCUUCUCUGUGGUAAAUCCAGCCUCAUUUCAAAAUGUGAAAGAGGAGUGGGUACCAGAACUGAAGGAAUACGCACCAGAUGUACUCUUUUUAUUAAUAGGAACUCAGAUUGAUCUCCGAGAUGACCCCAAAACUUUAGCAAGACUGAAUGGUAUGAAAGAAAAACCUGUAUGUGUGGAACAAGGACAGAAACUAGCAAAAGAGAUAGGAGCAUGCUGCUAUGUGGAAUGUUCAGCUUUAACCCAGAAGCGAUUGAAGACUGUUUUUGAUGAGGCUAUUUUAACUCCAAAGAAACACACAGUAAAACAAAGAAUAGGAUCAAGAUGUAUGAACUGUUGUUUGAUUACGUGAAACAUCUUCCGUGGUCAAGGAACUGUCCGUUUCUCUCAGAAAGCAUAUGAAAUGCCACAGCUACACCCAGACCUCUGAGAAUGAAGCAGUUUAAAAUUUGAAAGAAAAAAAUCCCACAACCCUGUCCUCAGAAUUCUGUCAAGUUCACUAAGAAUGUUUCUUAAAGGUACAAGAGCAGCAGACAGCAUCUGAAGCCACAAUCUAUUAUAAAUACUUUAUUUCAACUAGAAGGUACAAUCUCUCAGGGGUUUCAUAGUUUAAAAAGCUACAAUCACAUCAUGUUGUAACUACAUAAAAAACAGUGCUGUGAAUGGAACUGCCUGGCUUAGACCGCAUGCAUUUCUGCACAGUCUUUAUGGAAUCUGCACAAAGAAAUAUCUUCUCCCUUUGCUUCAGUUAAUUGUUCUUCUUUGUAAGUUGCUUUCUAUUCCAGUAUAUCCAGAGUGGCGAAAUAAUAAGGCCAGCCAUGUAGCCAAAGGUCGCUCCGAGUGUACAGGAGAUGGGCCAUACCUGAGGAGAGAAUGUAUGAGAUCAGAAAGAACAGAUGUUUUAUUACCACCUGAGCACAAGUUAAGUGUAACCUAAACAUUUCUAUAUUAAAGCCUAAUGUGCUUUCUUAAAGAACGCCAAAAGUGUAAUAAGGUCAUAACUGCAUUUAUCAUGAAUACUAACAAUGUACAUAUUUUAGUUAAUGUGCAUUUAACUGUAACAACGCUUCUGGCGAUUGUAGAUUUAGUUUGAUGCUCCCCAAACUGCAUGAGAUACAUGCUAAAAUUACAAAUUAAAAUUUUGGGUCAGACUUUGCCACAAUACUGGACUCAAUGUAGCUCUCUGAACUAGUUGCUUAUUUUGUUCCUUCAUUUCCACAUUGGCUUGUAUAUCAAAUGAAAUGAUAAAUGUGUAUGCUGACCAAAUCACAAGAAACUAAAUCAUGUUAAAGAGAAAGACCUAGAAUUCAAGUGUUUUACAUGGAAUUUAUAACAAAGCAACUGCUUCCAUAAUAAAACUGAUGUUACCUUUCAAAAAAAAUAAUAAUAAUAAUUCAUGUAAACUUUUAACAGAUUUAAUGAUAUAAUUAAUAAUAUAUGUAUUAUAGAAUAUAUAACAAAUAAUGUAACUGAAGAGCUCAAUAAAUAUUAUCUGUUGUUUAUAUUAUUAUUAGACUGAAAUAUGACACAACACAUUAAAAACUUCCCAAGAAUGCAUUUCUAAUCCUACAGUUUUAUACCUGGGAAACAGACAAGAGAUCCAGAAUUUAUGUACAAGGAUGCUCAUGGCAAUAUUGCUUACAAAGUGAAAACCUAGGAACCUAAUCGCCCAUCAGCAACAGCAGUCUGGCUAGAUAAAAUAAAAUAAUUCAUUUU